AGAUAUUGUCAGGUGAUUUCUGAACCGUCGGUAUUUCAUCUGUCCACCGUAUCUCCCACGAGUAUUCCAUGGAAACCAAGGAUGGUGCUCCAUCGCCGAAGGCUGUCGAUUGUACAGAUCCCCCAGGUGCUCGAGACCUACUGAACACCUCUCCGGAACAUUCUGUUGGACCCAGAGUCGCUAUGGUACCCAGAGAGUCUGCGGAUCGAGCCGAACAUACGAAUGACGAAAACAAACUGGAUACCUAUGAAAUAGAUGAAUUAGAGAUCCCCGAUUGUGAUAGUGAGGAUAUUGAUUUGGAGCAUUGUCGAAUAAAAUCAAUUAAUCAUCUUCACCGAUUCCCAAAUGUCAAGCGUCUUUGUCUGCGAAACAAUCUCUUGAAAAAACUGGAAAACUUUGACCCGGUAGCUUCCAAUCUAACUGAGUUGGACGUUUACGAUAACCAGAUCACAACCAUCGAAAACUUGGAUUGUCUCAGCUUACUGAUCUCCCUGGACUUAAGCUUCAAUCGCAUCAAACACAUUACGAAUCUCAGUUCCCUGGUCAAUUUGAAAAAGUUGUUCUUGGUGAAUAACCGCAUCGGCAAGAUCGAGAAUCUAGACGGUCUCAUCCAGCUGGACAUGCUGGAGCUGGGAUCGAAUAAGAUCCGGAGACUGGAAAAUAUCGAUCACCUUGUCAAUCUCAACCAGCUUUAUUUGGGCAAGAACAAGAUCACUGCGCUAGAAAAUUUGGACACUCUGGUAAACCUGACUCUGCUGAGUAUUCAGGGCAAUCGAAUCACCAAAAUCUGCGGUCUUGAUCGCCUAGUCAACUUGGAACAGUUGUAUCUGAGCGAAAACGGAAUUCAACAAAUUGAAGGUUUGGAUAACCUACGCAAGCUACAAAUCCUGGAUCUCGCAUAUAACUUCAUCAGUCAGAUCGAGAACAUUGGUCAUCUGGACCAGUUGGAAGAGUUCUGGUUCAAUGAUAACAAAGUGUCCAGUUGGGAUCAAAUUGACAAACUGACCGCAUUGGGAAACCUACGCACCUUGUACAUGGAGCGUAAUCCGAUCUACUUCACCACGGCGGACCGAUCGAAACAGGAUCCAAACUAUCGCCGAAAAAUUAUGCUCACUUUGCCAAAUCUGCGACAACUUGAUGCCAACUUGACUGGCGUUGGUCUGUGAAAAAUGGAACCAGCAUGAAGGACAGUUACUGCUACUACUUCUGGCAUUCCACCUCUGUCAAACUAGGCCACACGAGGAUACGUGACCUGGCAACUUCUCAUUGUCACACUGCAGAUGUACAUAAACUCCCUGGCAUCGUCUAGCUUGUAACUGCUUGCCCUUCUUCCCUUAACACGAGUUCAGCCGGAAAUUAGUUCCCAAUGUUAUGGCUCUACACGUCAUUUUAUGGUGACAUCGCUUUGGUCCCCACGGUCGCCCAGUUUUUUUCUGUUUUUCUGCUGCGCAAUGCUCGGUAACGACUAGAAUUAUAUCCGUGCGGUUUCUACCAUUCAGCAUAGAACGUUUACUCACCGA